GAUCAAGAGCAAGCAUGUGCUUUUUGUUUGAUUCCUUUGGACCUCCAGCCCAGAGCUGAACAUGGAGAACACCUGAGGAGGAGACGGAGCCACUGGGAUGGUGCUACUGAGGAGAACCCACGGAUGUUUCUCGAGAGAAUUCUUCACGCAGAAACUUUGGAAGGAAUUAGGAAAGCUGACGGCUUGCAUAACCAAAGAGUAAAAAAAAAAAAAAAGGUUCCACAGUGAUGCCCCGCAGCAGCAGCAUGGUGACCAUCAAGUCAACCUCCUGCCAGCUUUUCUUUCUCUUCUUCAUCUUGUUCCUAAUCACCCAGCUCAGCUCCAGCCAGGAUCCAUCUGUCACCACGGUGAUGGUAUCAGAUGGAGAGCCGUUCAUCGCUCCAACAAACCUGGUCAACCAAACAACUCCAAGCUACACAGACAUGGACAGCACCCAGAACCCUCCUCUGGAGACGGGGCCGUCAACGCCCGCCAGCGGAGGGGAUGCAGAUGAUGAGGACGUGCUUCCUGUCGGUGGGACCCGUUGCCAGGGUUACUACGAUGUGAUGGGCCAGUGGGACCCGCCUUUCCACUGUAACGCCGGUGUCUUUCUGUACUGCUGCGGGACCUGCUUCUACCGCUUCUGCUGCCAGUUCCGCCAGCAGCGGCUGGACCAGAGCAUCUGCUCCAACUAUGACACGCCCAUCUGGGCCAAUACCGGUAAGCCCGUGGCCACCAUCACCGAAGGCCAAGAGGACCAGGACCGGGACCGCACUCAUCUCAUCGUCUACAUAAUAUGUGGCGUGGUGGCCAUCAUGGUGCUGGUGGGCAUCUUCACCAAACUGGGCCUGGAAAAGAGCCACAGAGGAGGAACCGGGGCGGCGCACGCCGACCUCAACGCCAGGACGUUGACAGACCUGCUAAAGCAGCAGGGCAGCGAGGUGAGCUCAGUGGAAAACACAGCCACCAGUUCACCCAGCCGAGGCGCCGCCAACGGCACCUCAGCCAGGAUGCUACGCAGCCGGAGCGAACAAUACUACCUGAACAGCACAUCUUAUGGACCAUUUGGACAAGCGCUUCCACACCAGCAGAGCAACUCGAGUAUAGUGGGACUCAACAAAUAUAGUUCCCUCAAGGCUGUAGCAGACAGCGCCAAUCGUAGCUACUACAAGAGUUUCCCGCUCAUGGACUUCUCCCAAUACCAGCCUGUGGCGCCUCCCACCUUGCCGCCUGUGCCACAGCAGCCCAAAGAGACGUCCUACAUCCACCAGCCUGUGCCAACGCACCACGACGUCCACAAUCCUUUGUCCAUUUCUAUCCCGUCCAGCCAUUUGGAGCAGGCGUGCCUCCCGAAAACAACCACACACCUGCAGCUCUCCAACUCAGCCUUCAAAGCCUGGGAGCCAGCAAGCCGUUACGUCCAAAGACAGACCUCCGCCCCGGGUCACACCACUGGCUCCAUGCACGGUUCAACUCGGAGACACGAUUACCAGAGCAGGAGGCAGCAGAGCAUGGAGAACAUACCUGAUCUUUUCAGUCAAUCCUACACAGGUGCGUACGGAGGAGAAGCAGGAGGCGGGACUGCGCCGGUGCAACACCUAGCUCAACUGUCCUACCACCACAGCAGGAAGAAGAGCUACUCCACCCACAGUGCAACUGAGGUGACCGUCUGAGACCUCACAUUCAGUGAUGGAGGCGUGCUCUACCUGCACCCCAGGAGCAAUUUGGGAUUGGGUGUUUUGCUCAAGAGCACUUCCGACAGACAGGAAUACACAGAGAUCAAACAUUCAGUGCUUGGGUUACACAACAGCCUGCUCCCACAUCUUAGCCCCGGGUCACGCCAUCAAACUCG